UUGUUUAUUCUUUUCUCUGAUCUUAUUACACACGCUUUUACUGGUAGUCAUUUAAACGAACAAAUAAAUGUGACUUUCUUUGCAGGAACGACAAACGCGUUCAGUAAAGAAAGCAGCAUUCCGAUAUUUCUCCAAGCGGAUGACAUAAUCGACCUCUUUCAGCAGGUAGCCAAUGGUUUCAUGGCCAUCAUCGAGGUUCAGCACGGUCAAAUGAUUCAGCUUUCGAACAACGUUAAGAAGUACUUGGGGUUUUAUCAGGAAGAACUACUUCAUAAGAGCAUAUUCGACUUGUUGCACCCACGUGAUGUUGACGUGUUCAAAAAGCAGAUCCUGUGUCGUCGCGAGUUUCAGGCUUGCGGCGAACGGUGCGGCAAAUCGUGCAAUGAUGAAGAACACCAGUGUACAUCGGAACCCGCUGCGUUCAGCUGCUGGCCAGACUGGAACUCAGCUUUCGGUUCUUUUUCGCUGGGAUCCCGACGGGUGUUCUUUUGUCGUCUCAAAUGUCGACUUGAGGACCAAGAGUGA